AUCGAUUGAUACAUUUCCUACAUCAAAGAGCAAGCCCAAAGUGGUUCAGGUCAAAAUGAAAGGAAUCAAGAAAACACGCAUAAAAUCCAUUGAAUUUGCAUAAAUAUUGAAAAGAGCUUUUUAUUGAGGAGAAAAAUCUGUCCAUACAUCCGCCCGAAUCUACAUGGUACUGCUAAUUGUUCACCGUUACAUACACGCGCCCCGCCUACCCUCGUAGCCCGUGUACGUCAAUCAUUCGCUUUGCGUUGAACUCACCAACAUGGCGGCUAGAGGAUGUGCCUCAACACGGUUUAGUGACGAAUAUGAUUUGAAAGAUGAACUUGGGAAGGGAGCGUUCAGCGUUGUUCGCCGGUGUGUGAAGAAAAAUACCGAAUUGGAAUUCGCUGCAAAAAUCAUCAACACAAAAAAGCUAUCAACGAGAGAACAGGAGAAAGAUUUUCAGAAGUUGGAAAGAGAAGCAAGGAUAUGCCGCAAAUUACAGCACCCUAACAUAGGUAAGUCUGUUUGUUUGUUUGUUUGUUUGUUUGUUUUUGUUUGUGUUGUGUUAUUAAAAAUGGUGAAAAAUUCAAUUUCUAGUUUCUCGGAUGCUGAUGUGAAUGAUGAGUUUCCAAAUGUCAAUCUUGAUGAAUACAGUAGCUACAGAAAUACAUGCUGAUGUUUGUAUGCUGUCUUGAACUCGAGCAAGAAACAUUUAUCGAUUGUUACAAAAUAAACUUAUUGAUUGGACAUUGAAUCAUGAAUUUUCAUGAGAGUGAGACAGAUAGAUCAACAGAUGUUGUUCUUGGAAAGUGAAAGCCUAAUAUUUUGUUUAGGCAGGUGAAUUUCUGCAAGAAAAGUGACUUAAAUUGAUUAAGUUGGAACCUUACUGAUAUGUAGUGGGUGCACAAGAGAGAGAGA